AUGAGAAUUGACUUAAUCCCUUUAAAGAAGCAAGGCUUUGGUUUAAAUACCUACAAUACUAAGAAUUCCUCGGAUACUAACAAAGUUAUGAAGGUUUUUACUAAAUUAGGUUAGCAAUAUUUGUUAUUUAUACAGUAGCAAUAGUUAGCUAAUCUCAUGAAUACUCCGCUUCCAAACCCCUCUCUUCUAAAGUUUUUAAAAAUGUCAUUAAAAAUAUGUGAUCCUAAAAAUAAGAAAGAACUUAUUUGUUUGCAUAGAAAGUCAAUAGCUUUGAGGCAUUCUUAUUAAACUAGUACUAUACUUUUGAGGGUUCAAAUCAUGCUGGAAAAAUAUAAGAAUUAAAAACAAGAAUAAAGAGUAAGUUUUAAGUCAAAAAUUAUCAAAAUUAGUGAAGUUUAUAGUGAGUAAUUUCACCAAAGGAACUUACCACUCUAAGCAGCAAAAUAGAAUUCCAGACAUAGUAAUUUGAUACCACUACAUAAUGGAGAUCAUAUGCAGAUCAAUAGUAGCCGUAGAUUUAGCAUUGCCUCAUAAAUCUCACUUAAAAAAACUUUUUCAAACGAUUCUUCUACCUAGGAGGUGGUGGAGGGUGGCAAACAAUGA